GACGAGUCAGCCGGGCUCGGGGCGGGGCCGGCGCAGUAAAUAGGAGCGGGGGCGACCGGGGGACCUGCGGCGGCUGCUUCGGCACCAGCAGCGACUCGGAGCGUCCUUCCCGGCUGCAGGCCCAGGUUCUAGGCAGCCGAGCUCGGUGAAUCUAGGAUCCAGCUUCCAAAAUGUGGCAGCUCCUGGCCACCCUCAGCUGCCUGGCGGUGCUGACCAGUGCGCGGAGCAGGCUCGAGUUCCAGUCCCUGACGGAUGAGCUGGUCAACUAUGUUAAUAAACAGAACACCACCUGGAAGGCCGGACACAACUUCUACAACGUGCACCCGAGCUACGUGAAGAAGCUGUGUGGCACCAAACUGGGCGGGCCCAAGCUGCCCCAGAGAGUUUCGCUCGCUGGGGACAUAGCUCUGCCUGAAAACUUCGAUGCUCGAGAACAGUGGCCACAGUGCCCAACCAUCAAGGAGAUCAGAGACCAGGGCUCCUGUGGCUCCUGCUGGGCGUUUGGGGCUGUGGAAGCCAUUUCUGACCGGAUCUGCAUCCUCAGCAAUGGGCUUCAAAAUGUGGAGGUGUCUGCCGAGGACCUGCUUACCUGCUGUGGCUUCCAGUGUGGGGAAGGCUGUAAUGGGGGCUUUCCCUCUGGUGCUUGGAACUUCUGGAAGAAACAAGGCCUGGUCUCCGGGGGCCUCUAUGACUCCCAUAUAGGUUGCAGACCCUACUCCAUCCCUCCCUGUGAGCACCACGUGAAUGGCUCCCGGCCCCCAUGCUCAGGGGAAGGCGGGGACACCCCCAAGUGCAGCAAGAUCUGUGAGCCAGGCUACAGCCCAUCAUACAAAGAAGACAAACACUUCGGAUGUGACGCGUACAGCGUCCCCAGUGACGAGAAGGAGAUCAUGGCAGAGAUCUACAAAAAUGGCCCAGUGGAGGCAGCCUUCUCCGUGUAUACAGACUUCCUGCUGUACAAGUCUGGAGUGUACCAGCAUGUCUCUGGAGAAAUGGUGGGAGGCCACGCAGUUCGCAUCCUGGGCUGGGGAGUGGAGAAUGGCACCCCCUACUGGCUGGUUGGCAAUUCCUGGAACACCGACUGGGGUGACAAUGGCUUCUUUAAAAUCCUGAGAGGCCGGGAUCAUUGUGGAAUCGAAUCGGAAAUUGUGGCUGGGGUCCCAUGCACGGAGCACUACUCAGAAAGGAUCUAACCUGCUGUGGGCCCUUCCAGCCAGUCCUGGGCAGUUUUCCCCUAAAUGCAGCCAGUGGGCCUGGGGAUGAGAAGAAGGAUAGGAAUGUCUUUUAUUCUUUGAGUUCAAGUAGCGUUCAAGAGAUUGUAGACAAGGCCUGAAGGACUGGAUUGGGCCAAACCUCAUGUCCACCACGCGAACUCUCUUCCAAGGAGACACACCCAAGGCCGGGCUACCUCCCAGCCUUCCGAUGGACUGUCGUCACAAUGCACUUAGCCCACAGAAGCCACUGCUGCAAGCAGAGCAGACCCUUCCCCAGGACUAGUGCUGCUCCCACCGUCACUGCAACCACCGCCACGUCCUCCAUCCUUCCCUGUCUGGCAUCACCAGGGAGCAGGACAGACCUAGAGGGUUUGUAGACUUUCCAGGACAAAAGGGUUGAUUUCUUAACAAGAUAGCUUCCUCCCCAUCGGCAGUGCCUCCAAGCUAGUCCUCUAGAUUCGGAAAUAAGUCUACAAGAAAAUUGAUAGGGCAGCCCUUUGGGAGAAAAGCCUCUCUCCCAGGGCCCCUGCAUCUGUCAGGCUUUGCAAUGUUGCUAACCUGCUCUGACCUUGUCCUUGGCAUGAUUCUUUUCAAAUAGAAGUUUUAUUUUUUGUGCACCUCAGCUGAUCAUGAGAAUGAGUCUUAGAAGUUGGAAGAGCUGUGCUACUUUUACAGACUGUCUCCUUAAACCCGGGUGGUCUUGAUUUGACUGACCUACUGACCUCUGAUACUACAGUGAAAACAGUUUGGGAGAAACCAGCCCUUGUUGUUUAAAAACCACUGCUUCCCCCUAUUAAAUCACAAGGAAAGGAAUGACUGUGCCAAUAAAAGGUUUCCUUCAAUGUGAA